AUGCGGUCGAGAUCUGUGAUGCUCCCCAGAGAUCUUUGCGCAGAAAGAGUGCUUCUUUCAACCGUUUUAUGCGCAUCCUUGACAUUUGCGUUUGGAGUAGCAGCGCACUCACUGAACACUUUCGAGAGUUUUCUGCAAGAUGAACUUUUUUCUAUCGAAUUCACAUAUGGUCAAGCCUUGGACAAUUACGUCGCGGAGAACUGGAGGGAAAGCGUUACCUACCUGGAGCUCAGUAUUCGUCUCUAUCGGCACUUGAAGGAUAGUGUAGAGUUUUGUUCAAACAGUUGUAGACACGGCAGCCAGGAUAACAUUGGACCUGAUGACCACCUUCCAGACCUUCAAGUGUUUUGGCAAGUCCUGCUCCGCGCAUCAUGCGUCAGAAAGUGUAAAUUGCGUUUCCCCGUGUUUGUUUUCUUACAACCCCGAAGAGAAAUUCUGGAUGAUUUUGAGAGAAGAACUCCAUAUAAAUAUUUACACUAUGCAUAUCAUCAUUUGAACGACACAGAGAAUGCUGCUUCUGCAGCUCACACCUUCCUCCAAAGAAACCCUGGUGACUUAGAAAUGACGGAACGCAUGAGAGUGUAUAAAGACCUGUUUGACCUGGACGGCUUUCUCACGGACAGAGAGGAGCGGCAGUAUGAGAGGAGUUUCCUGCGUGCUGUGUUGCUUUUUAAUUCUGGAGACUUCAGCAGCAGCUCAGAGUCCAUGGAGGGGGCGAUGAGAGAGUACUUGCUGGAGUAUGACCUCUGCACGGCAGGGUGCGAGGGAACUGUUGAUGUUGCUGAAAUGAAGGACUCCCACACCUCUUUGGCAGAUGCCUGUAUUGCAGCAUUGAGGUGUAAGGUGAAAUGUGAAGAUAAUUUGACGCCAAACGUUGGUGGAUACUUUGUGGAAAAAUUUAUGGCCACCAUGUACCACUACCUACAGUUUGCCUAUUAUAAGUUGAAUGAUGCUCGUGCUGCUGCCCCCUGCGCCUCCAGCUACAUGUUGUUUGAUCCUGGAGACGAGGUCAUGAGGCAGAACAUGCAGUACUAUCACGCCUACAGUCAGGAGUGGGGUCUACAGGAGAACCAUUUUAUGCCACGGCCAGAAGGAGUGAAAUACUUCAACCAAACGACCCUUCAACGACGCAUGCUGGAGUAUGCGGAGACCAACCUGCAGUAUGAUGAUGAGGAUGUUGUCAGAUCUGAUGAAAUGACUGCUAUAGGAUCCACAGAAUCUCCAGAUGUGGAAUUUGAGGGGACAGGGGACUAUGAGGAGGGAAUCUAUGCCGAGUUUUGGCAGACACCCAAAUGCAGGGGAGAUAUGGGUGAGAAUGAUGGCUGA